AUGGAAUCAGAUCUUCUUGUUUGUCAUCCUAUUGGUACUUCAACUAAAAUUGAAAAAAUUGGUAACAUGAACUUAUUGAAUUCCUUAACUUUGUUUGAUGUUUUUGUUGUUCCUGACUUCAAUGUUAACUUGUUAUAUGUCCACAUGGUCUGCAAAGACAGUAAUUGUGAGGUUAUUUUUAAUGAACAUAGUUGUAAAAUUCAGGGUUUACAAUCAAAGGAGAUCAUCGGGAAUGGUAGAGAAUCUGGAGGUCUCUAUUACAUAAAUAGUGUACCUUUAGAACCAAUUUUAACUUCUGUUUUCUUGAUUAAUAGAACUCCUACUUCUAUUUUAAAUGGUGCUUCUCCUUAUGAGCUUGUUUAUAAUAAUGCGUUUGUUUUUGAUAAACUUAGGGUUUUUGGUAGUUUAUGCUUUGCCACUAAGUUGAAUAAUUCUGAUAAAUUUUCUAAAAGAGCAAAUAAAUGCAUAUUUCUUGGUUACUCUUCUGAUAAAAAUGGUUAUAAAGUUCUUAGUCUUAAUUCAAAUCUUGUUUUGUUUCUAGGGACGGAUGUAAAAUUCUAUGAAUCAGUUUUUCCCUUCAAGCUAAAGUCUUCAUCUUCAACUGAUAAAUCUAAUGCCACUUUAAAAUCUAGUGACCUUUUUUCCUAUGAUGAGUCAUUGCAUUCUAGUACUCUUCUUGAUAACACUAGUUUAGAUAACUUAAGAAGUGUCCAUCAGUCUGAUGGUGCUAGUGCAUACCAGAACCUGGAUGAGACUUGUCCCUAUAAUGUCAGCAACCAGACUAGUGAGGCACAUGUGCCUUCUCCUGGUGUGACGUUUCCAUGUUUUUCUACUUUGACUGAGGAAAGUGAUUCAAUUAAUAUUAAUCCUUCUGAGGGUCAGUCUACUAGCUUUAUAAGGAGUGGACGUGAUGUUCACAUGCCAGUUAGUUAUAGUAAGGCUGCUUUAGAUCCAAAUUGGAUAAAAGCUAUGAAUGAAGAAAUAUAUAGAGCCAGACUUGUGGCUAAUGGUUAUAACCAAAGGGAAGGUAUUGACAAUGAGGAGAUUUUUUCUCCUAUUGCCAAGAUUGUUACUGUUCGCAUUGUCAUUUCUUUAGUUGUUUAUAAUUCUUGGCCUCUUUAUCAACUUGAUAUUACAAAUGUUUUUUAUAUGGGUACCUUUCUGAAAGUGAAGUCUAAAGAUAUUAUUGUUGUGAUUCUUGUUUAUAUAGAUGACAUUAUUAUAACUGGAAUUGCAAAAUUGAAUUGA